GAGAGCUUGUCUUUCAUCACACGAUCGGUUUCGUACCUAAUCCAAUCACGUGAUCGCCGUUACACGUGGAUUUGAUGAAUGUAGUUCCCUGUGUCAACUGGCGAGGGUAAGGAGACUUAAUAUGGAUGCAGGACACACGCUGUGAGCGCUAAGGCGCUACCAUUGUACGUGCUCCGCCGUCACAUCUUCAGUGCAAUCUCCUAGCUGACGAGGGCUCUUGUUACAAAAUUAUCGGUUCGGCUUUCUAAUCUACAUUGAAUAACUCAAGUGCCAUAUUUUUAGGACACCGUUACGACUUAGAUCACUCGAUAUCGGAUUUAUUUGUUCUCUUAAUAUGGAGGAUAAAUGGAUUAAGGAGUAUUGAGAUAUGUGGGCAGCGGUAUUCGACGAAGGAUUGGGGUCAACGCACAAUGAGGAACUCUCGUCUCUUUUGGUAUCGGAGUAUGUCCUUUAGCUGGGGAAUCGAAAGCAGACGGCCUGUGCUUAAAUAUCACCGUUCUUCAGUCGGACUGAUUUUUAUCUGCGGGAUACCUGGAUUAUCUUCCGUCGUGUGGAAACGGAUUGAGAAGUUAUACGUGCUGCAAAUCAACAAAGGGUGUCGUCACGUAGCAUCACUGCUACAACGUGCCAGCCUUUGGGAUACAUUACUGAAGUGAUGUUUCUCAGCAGACAACGUUUGACGAGGAGGCGGGGAACCAGCGACUGUGGCAAGUACAGCCAAACGGUACGGAACUCGACAUGCCUCCCUAAGCCGCUGCUCUGCAUAAGGGAUUGUGCCUGGUAAGCAAAGACGAGGUAGGCGUUGAAUGCUUGAUUUUGUUCAAAUUGGAAAAAAGAUAUAGCGCUUGAAUUGCUUGCUUUAUGGAGUUAGUAGACAUUGCGGAUCGAUACGUUAGAAACGCCCAGGAAAUAGGCGCGUUGGAGGGGAAUUACGCCGCGUCAAAUUAUGAUGAUGGGGGAUUAUUCCGUCUACUCUUUGAGAGCAAUGGAUGGUCGGAAGGGAUAACUGAUGAGAGGAUUUAGGGGAAGAUGGCGCCUCGGAAAUGUUUAGUUUGGCGACGGAGAAUCGUUCCACUUCUCGUCGUCCUUGCUGGAUUAGUGGAGCGGGUCAUGUUGGCUUCGUGCCCGGCCCAGUGCGUCUGCGAAGCGGAGUACACAACCGUGUCCUGUACUAAUGGGGGCCUUCAGCAGGUGCCAAAGGGGACGCCGUAUGGCGCGCUUUCAUUAAGCCUGAGCGGUAAUAACAUCAGCGGAGUCAUCGACGAUCAGUUUGAAGAAUUCAGACAGCUCCAGACCUUGGACCUGAGCUUCAACACGAUAUCGGAGAUCGAAGACGGGGCCUUCGUCGGUUUAGAAAGCCUACACACCCUACAACUUUAUUACAACAGGUUGACCUCCAUUCCCAGCGAAGCGCUCAGACGACUUCCGCAUCUCAAAGAGCUGUGGCUGCGGGGUAAUCCCAUAAAUUGUUUGGACGCAGAUGCCUUCACUUACCUCCCUAAUCUACAGUUAUUAGACUUAGGAGAGCUGAGGCAUCUAGAGGCCAUAAGCGACGACGUGUUUACUGGUCUUUCUAAGCUAGUCCACCUCAACUUUGCUGUUGCUAACCUACAAACAGUGCCUUACCUUGAUGAGCUAGAGAGUCUAGAAGAGUUAGACUUAUCCGGGAAUUCAAUAAAAGUAAUAAAUACAGAGUCAUUUUCUGGCCUCUCAAAACUAAAAAGGUUGAUAAUUAUAUCAUCCCAAGUGACAGAGAUAAAGAGAUUCUCGUUUUCCUAUUUGAAGAGUUUGACUGAAUUGGACCUAUCGUUCAGACAUAGACAGUGUCGGCACGACCACACGAGAUCACCUGACGAUGAGCAAGACGACCAAUACAUGGUGAACGGGAUGAUACCACAGACAUCGUUCUACGGGUUAGUCCUGUCGGAGGAACAGAAGCCAGAGACCCCUCCCCCCGUGUACAGUAUAGAUGUUGAUGAUGAUAAUAUCUGUGACAUGUACCACAGUGUAAAAACGUUCAAGUCAGAUAAACCAACCAAAACUGUCAAAACAGUCACAUUCAAAGUUGAAACAGAAGUAUGA